AUGGCUGACCGUGCUGUUUCUCAACCCUCAACCCCGGUGGUCGCCCCACUUUUUGAUUUUAAUAUAGUUUCUUGGAAUGUGGAGGGUCUUAAUAGUCCCAUUAAACACAAGAAGGUGGUCGCCCAUCUCUUUUGCCUAUCCCCUCAAGUCGUGUUCCUACAGGAGACACACUGGAUGCAUAACUCCCCUAUGUCAUUGAAAGCUAAUUGGAUUGGGGAAUGCGUAUCUGCUCCUUACACCAAUAAAACCAGAGGUGUCGCCAUUCUCUUUGAUAGGAAUCUUCAAUUCUCAAUCCUUAAAAAGUAUAUUGAUCCCGAGGGCAGAUUUAUACUCCUAGACGUCUCUUUUGAUAAUAUGGUAUAUGCCUUUUUGAAUCUAUAUGCAUCUACUGGAUCUAACAAUCUCUUUUUUGCAGAUGUCCUUCAGAGAGUUUUGUCCUGGGGUGGCCAAAACUUAAUCUUAGGGGGAGAUUUCAACAUGGUCGUUGAUCCAUCCAUGGAUAGGUCGGGGGUCUUAGAUCAAGGUCAACAAAUCUAUACAAACCAAACCAAUGUAAAAUACUUCAUCAUAAAGGGAAUCUCAGAUGACCCAGAGCUGCAGGGUCCAAUUUUCUUCCUGGUUCUGCUGAUUUAUCUCAUCACUCUUGGUGGUAAUGUGACCAUUUUUCUACUGGUCUGUUUGGAUCAUCAUCUCCACACUCCUAUGUAUUUCUUCCUAGCAAACUUAUCCACAGUUGAUAUGGCAUGUUGCACUAUUAGUCUGCAUAAGGUCCUUAUGAGUUUCAUUACUCAUGAUAAUACGGUAUCUUACAUUUCUUGUAUGAUACAGAUGUACAUUUUUGGAUCGUUAACCGGUCACGAGCUAUUGAUACUGACAGCCAUGAGUUAUGAUCGCUAUGUAGCCAUCUGUAAGCCAUUACAUUAUCACAUGAUAAUGAGUGCUAGAACAUGUUGUCUGAUGGCCUCUGCUUGCUGGUUGUUGGGAUUUUUGCAGAUCAUUCCUCCUUUUGUAAUACUAUGCAGCUUUUCUUGUUAUACAUCUAUUGAAAUUAACCACUUCUUCUGUGAUAUUGUUCCCCUGAUAAAAAUGUAUUGUGAUGAUACAUCGACUUUAGAAAUGUUGUUUUUUAUGGAAGGAUUGUGUCUUUUUACCCUAACCCCAUUUGUGCUCACCUUUAUUCCCUAUAUUUUUAUAAUAAGCACCAUACUAAAGAUCCCAUCUUCUAUUGGCCAGCGUAAGGCCUUCUACACAUGUUCCUCACACCUCACAGUUGUCAUAUUGCUCUACACAACUCUUGCCAGUCAGUAUCUGACACCAAACCUAAGAAGCAACUUGGACUCCAAGAAACUUUUCGCUCUCUUUAACACAACUGCUGUCCCCAUGCUCAAUCCACUAAUUUACAGUUUGAAAAAUAAAUCUGUUAUAACAUCUCUCCGAUGGAGACUAGGGAAGAUUAGAGCAAUUUCUUAA